CCUAACAAUGGCCAAGUGUAACCAAUGAAAGGGACUGCAGUAUAGUGGCACAAGUAAUAAAUAUCGAAUCCACGGGUCUCUAGAGUUACUAUUACUCAGCUUCAGUUCAUUAUCUAGCAAACUAGAUUAAGGAUUGAUUAACUAAACUACUCUACCAACUAAACUAAGUAAAACUACUAAUUACAGUUUGGGAACUCACUUAGGUAUGAUUCCCCCUAGCUCCUCCAUUAGGUCCAAGUUGUAAUUCCUUUUGGUUGUUUUACUGUUGAUUAAACUGCGGAAGAUCCGACAGUAGCUUGGAAUCUCUUAAACUGACCAAGCCCUCUCAGUCUAACUAUCCGGCAGACGACUAGUCUUCACCGGGAUAGAAAGCUGAAGCAAUAAGCACAGAACUCCACUACUGGAAUUGGAUUCCAGUACAAAGCAGUAAACUGACUAACUCUCGUAUAGCCAAUCUCCUACUACCGAAUGAUGAGGCUCUAACAACCUAAUCAGAUUCUAUCUAUCUCAGGUUGCAGCAGAAAUCAGGAAAAGUUGAUCAGACUUCAAUUGACUCAAUAAACAUGCAUCAUUCGAUUAUAAUCAAAAAAUAUAGCAUCCAAAACUUCAUACAAGAAAGAUCCUAACUCAUGGAACUAGGGCUCCUCAUAACCUAAGUGAAGGGAAGUUACUCCAUAGAGAAGAGAGAGACUGCAGAAAUCUGAUCUAGAUCUUCAAUCUCCAUCUCCAAGUUUGAUUCCCGAGCUCCAAUGGCGAAGAAAUCCUCCAAAAUAGCUCCAAGAAUGUUCCCAAGUCGCUCUCUCUCUCUAGGGUUCGUCCCUUGGGUGUUUGGGAUCCAAAACCCAGCUCUCCCUCUCCCUUGGCUCGAAAUUGGCCUAAAAAACCCAAUUCUGGGCGAAUUACGGGCUGAAUUACGGUCGUAAUUCUUCCAUGCCCGUAUUUUGCCCAAAACACGCGUUUUGGUUAAGUUUCAGUGCACCCAAAUCUCCUCUCGGCAGUGAAAAUACGGGCAUGGGAGGUGAAAAUACGGUCGUAAUUCUCUUGCCCGUAAUUCUUCCCCCGCUCCUGUUCAAAGCUUCGUUUCUCCCUCGUCCGGACUCCAAAUCAGUCGCCGUUUGAACCCAGACGCUUGUAGUCUCGUCCUCAGGUCAUGCUCGUGUUUCUUCUCCCGAAUUGUCAAAUGAUCUCCGAUUCAUUUGAAACUUGCUCCUACGCUUCACUUUAUGUGCUAGGGCCUCAAAUGUGACAAAGGAACACAACCUAGCGUAAAAUAGGCCUAAAACACGAGAAUUACCAUCCCAAACGGCUCCAGAAUAGGGGUAAAAACAUGUGCAAUUAACGGCUUAUCAGGGACCUACUGGCGGGCACCAUGGUGGUAACCGCAUAGCAUGGAAGGUACUAUAGUCGGGCUUCUACUGGCCCACGCUCUUCAAGGAUGCAGAGGCCUUCGCCCGCAGGUGCGAUCGAUGCCAAAGGUCAGGUAACAUCUCUGCCCCUGAUGAGAUUCCCUUGAAUGUAUUUAUAACAUGUGAAAUUUUUUAUGUCUGGGGUAUCGACUUCAUGGGCCCCUUCCCUCUAUCCUUUGGCAAUACGUAUAUCUUGGUUGUUAUGGACUACGUCUCUAGGUGGGCUGAGGCGCAAGCUUUGUCCACUAAUGAUGCUAGACGUGUUUGUGGAUUUUUGAAGCAGCUAUUCUCCCGAUUCGGGACACCUAGAGCCAUCAUAAGCGACCGGGGCACCCAUUUGCAGGGCCAGUUUGAUAAGUUGUUGUCUCGCUAUGGUGUUACUCAUAAGGUGUCCGUGGCCUACCACCCUCAAACGAGUGGUCAGGCUGAGCUGGCGAAUCGGGAGUUGAAGCGGAUAUUGGAAAAGACGGUGGAUUAAUCCCGCAAGGAUUGGUCCACCAAGCUCGAUGACUAUUUGUGGGCGUACCAGACUGCCUACAAGACGCCAAUUGGUACCUCACCGUACCGACUUAUCUAUGGAAAGGCAUGUCACUUUACAGUGGAGCUAGAGCAUAAGGCCUUUUGGGCCCUUAAGCUGCUCAACUUGGAUGUUAGUGUUGCAGGUGUUGAACGAAAAUUACAAAUGUUGGAUCUGGAAGAGUGGCGCCACCACGCCUAAGAGAGCACCAAGUUGUAUAAGGAGCGCACUAAGCGUCUACACGACGCUUGAUUGAGGGGUCCGAAGGAGUUUCAGGUUGGUGAUUGAGUUCUCUAUAACUCUCGCCUGAAGCUCUUUCCCGGAAAACUCUGCUCCCGGUGGUCUGGACCGUUCACGAUCACGCAGGUGUUCCCAUAUGGCACGAUCGAGAUUGCCAACCCGCAAACUGAGCCUUUUAAAGUAAAUGGCCAUCGUCUCAAGCUCUAUUUGGGAGACGAGGUCGAACGUGAGGAGUUGGUGGUUAAACUUGCGGACCCUUAGUUCCGUCAUGGGCGUCCAGCCAAAAGACAGAAAGAAGCGCUUGUGGGAAGGCAACCCCACCAAGGUUUGCAUUUCUUUUCCCUUUUUUCUUUGUUUUGUGUCGUGUUCCAGUCAGUUGCACGAUUUCACCGGGUUCGAGUAGGUUGUACUCGUUGCCCGUCUUGUGUUGCUUUUGUUUGAUUCGGAGUGCAACUGUCUUGUGUUUUGGUUUAUUUUCUUUUCAUUUCUUUUGGUUGAUGUACUAUUGGUCUGACAACUGGACCUAACAUAGAGCACUUGUACUAUGCUAUAAAGUAUUGGUGCUUUAAUGUACAACUUAAAGUUGUACCAUAACAUUAAAUGUAUAAUUUUAGGUUGUACCAUAAAGGAAUUUGUGCUCUUAUGUUAUGGUACAACUUUAUAACUUAAACUUGUACCAUCAAAUGAAAGCAAAAGUUUAAGUUGUACCAUAAACAAUUUGACAAAAGAGUAUAGGUACAAUAUGAAGUUGUACCAUAACGUUAAAGGUACAACUUCAAAUUGUACCAUAAAGGAAAAAACCUAUAGCACCAAUUCUAUAUAGCAUUGUAAAAUUCCUCCCUAACAUAUUGUGUUUGAGUUCUUAUGUUCCCUUUAGCUGUGCCUUUGCCCCGACCGGUCCCAUUUCCAGUCCUCUUCACUCUGACUAGUCCACCUUCCAGUCCCACGGCAGUCUGUUCAUACCGGUAACAUCGUUCCCCUUAUCCUUCCCCUUAUCCAUUGAGGGCAAUGUCGAACUUAAGUGUGUGUGUGUGUGGGGGGGGGGGGUUCUAUUUUGACUGCUUAGAUCUGUUUGUGUGCUUGGAGACUAGUCCACUGUCCAAAUUUUUAAAUUUGAGGGCUCCAAGUACGUGUUCCUUGCAAUUGCCUGCUCAGUAUGCUUUGAAUCGACAGUCUCUAUAGAGCAUGUAAACAUAGAGAGGUAGUGUAGCACUAUGGAGGAUGUUGAUGCAUUUAAGAAGUCUCCUCUCUUCUUCAUAUGUGUUGGUUAAUUGUGUGAAUUAGUGAUCCUAGGACCUUGAAUUGUGUGGUGUUGUGGACUCUCUACCUGUCAUGGACUCCUGUAUCAUGUUUUUGAAGAAAAAGGUGCUCGAAACUGUGAUUUAAAAUAACGUAUCACGUGAGAAUAUGGCGAAAGUGUGUAAGGGAAGAUGGGAAUCCAUUCCCAAUUUCUACCUACUACCUCCAACCCCCUUACAUUCCUUUCCCCCGCACGAGGCUCGAGACAUCCGCUCCCGGCAUGGCCGGUAAGACCCGGGUUCCCGCAAAACCUUUGCAAGAUGGGAGCCCCGUUUUCUGAAAAUCGGGUUGGAACCCUUGAAAAAAAAUAAGAAAAAGAAAUAAAUCAGGAAAAAAAUGAAAAAAUAGGGGGUUCCAACCAUCUUCAAAAAGAAAUAAGAGCACCUUGA